AUGCCUUUGCUGCUGCCAAGUCUCUUCUCUGCAGCGCUCCAGUUCUGGCUGCCAGAUGCAAACUGUACAGAAAAUCCUGUUUUCACUCCGCCCAGACUUGUAGUGAAGUAUGGUGACCCAGCCUCUGCCACGUGCCUUGUUUGUCAACAUAAUUGCACAAGUGACAUAUUUGGGGUGGAGCAUGCUGUGGGGUCCAUUGAAGAAAAUGGAACCACAAUUUCAUGGAAGGUUGACAGCCUGACUGAAUGGGACACAUCUCCAAUAUGCUACUAUACUGAUGAUGAUGACCCGUGUAGUACCAGGAUUUAUAUAACCAUCUAUCAGCCUCCAAUAAAUGUCCAUCUCAGUUUCCGAAACCACUCUGGGCCGAUGUUUGCAGGUCAUCAGUACACUCUGCAGUGUACAGUCCAGGAAGUUGCUCCUAUUGGUAACCUCAAUGUGACUUUCUACAGAGGACAGACAGAACUACAGAGACGACAGUCCAGCAACACAACAAAGGAGCCAGUGACUGAGACCUUCACCCUGGACAUCAACCCUAGUAAAGAUGAUGGAGGGCUGUACUGGUGUGAAGCCAAGCUAGACCUGGGAGCUGAAGGUCCACAACCUCCUCCAGUGGUGACGUCACAAAACAUCACCACCACUGUUUACUAUAAGCCUGAACUGAAGGAGUCUUCACAUCCAGAUCCAAUCACCGUCAUAGCAGGAAGCCCCCUACACCUGAACUGCUCUAGUGAGGGAAACCCCAACCCCUCAUACACCUGGACGCUCCCGUCAGCCAGUCGUUCCCCCUUCAGUGGCGACACUCUCAAUAUUAAGUCUGUAACUUCUGUGGAUGGAGGACAGUACCUGUGUUUGGUCCAAAACGCUGCGGGGAAUGUUACUGUGAAGUUUACUGUGGAUUUCUACAAUCCUCCAAAAAAUAUCCAUCUCAGCUUCCUAAAUCACUCUGGGCCGAUGUAUAUGGGUCAUCAGUACACUCUGCAGUGUACAGUCCAGGAAGUUCCUCCUAUUGGUAACCUCACUGUGACCUUCUAUCAUGGACAGACAUCACUGGGUCAACAAAAUGUCAAGAAUAAACCAGUGGGGACACCAGUUAGUAAGACCUUCAUCCUGAACAUCAACCCAAGUAAAGAUGAUGGAGGCCUGUACUGGUGUGAAGCAAAGCUAGACCUGGGAGCUGAAGGACCACAGCCUCCUCCAGUGGUGACGUCACAAAACAUGACCACCACUGUUAACUGUGAGCCUGACAAAAUAAUAAUAAUCAUCACUCCAACUCCUUAA